AGAACCCACUGAAGACAGCCAAGAUGAAAGUCAAGAACAUGACAUUCAAGGAGGGGCAUGAGUUCAAGGUGCGCAUCAAGCCCAAGGAUGACUCCAGUUCUUUUGCUAUCAACAUCGGUCAUGACUCUGAGAACAUCGCAAUGCACCUCAACCCCCGUUUUGACUGUGGUGGUGACACCAACACCAUUGUCUUCAACUCCUUGUCUGGGGGAUGCUGGGGUGACGAGCUCCGCGAGGGAAACUUCCCCUUCGUGCGUGGGGAGGAAUGCAAGUUUUACAUCAACUUCAACAGUGACCAGUUUUACAUCAAGCUUCCUGAUGGCUCCAUGUUGAACUUCCCCAACCGUCUGGGAGACGUCAAGUACAAGUACUUUGACGUCAGCGGUGAUGCAAGGAUUGUUGGCAUCAAGAUCAAGUAGAGGUCGACCUCUUCUUGACCCUUGACUCUUGACCUGUCCACCUUGCGUAUGUUUUACAUUACUCAUCUCAGGCCUGAUUAUCCAUCUUUUCUCCUGUUGAGGUGUGUGGAAAUAUAACACUAGAAAUUCACAUCAGCAUGGAGCACUGAUUUUGUAAUAAGAGCAAAUGGCCUAAAGAGGGAGCCACAGCACAGUUGCAGGACUGUGCCGUGCUGGACAUCUCAUCAGUCGCUGGGUUUGUCAAUAAAU